AAUUUCAAAACAGUUCGUAAAGUGACUUGACGUUGCAGGUACACAGAGAUUGCGUCUGUUUUCAAAUUUAUUUUGUUCGACUAUAGAAUGAAUUUCAAAAUUUUAUUACAAGUGAAAUGAUUUUCAAUAGUUAAAUAUUUUGUUUCGAAAUAAUAUUAAAAUUACCGCCGGAUUUUUGAUAAGAUAGAAUGUUUUAAAAUAUACGAGGUGAUGGAAGUCGAGGAUAUAAUGUGCGAUCAAAGUAUUCUACGUCCGGAAGUAAAUGUUAGUUUUGAUAGUAAGGUUAUAUCGACAAGUAAAUUAUGGGUUGUCGUCGACGUAAUAGCCCGUUCUAUAUUACCACCUAUUUCGACUAUUUGCUGCACCGUCUUCAGAAACCCUCAAGUAGUAUUACAAAAUGUGAGGAAUCAAAUAUUUCCCGCCGUAAUUGCGUUUGUGGUAAACAACGUAUCGAGGUCAUUGGCGUCGGUGCAAAAUAUUUCCCUACCAGUUACGUUGAGGAUAACUCAAGACGGGAACGGGCAUAAUAGAGCCGUUAUCACAGAUGAAGGAACUGAAGAUACAGAUUCCGAAACGUCGGAAAAAUCGGUCGAAUGUAUUGUAUUGUACGAACCGAAAGAAAUCGGGGUUGAUGUUAUUUUUUUACACGGUUUGCACGGGGGGAUUACUAAAACGUGGAAACAGGGAACCUGGAGAACGAGUAAACAUAAACUGAAUAACCAAUCACCUAUAAGGAGGCAAUCAACCGGAAAUUUGUACGUCCCCCCCAAGGAUCACGCUUUAAAAAGGACACUGUCUAACAUGUGUUCGAUAGUACCAACGAAAAUAGCUAAAAUAGAAAAUAAUAUCGAUAAUACGUAUUUGAAUAACGAAGAAGAAGAAACUAUCCAAUCCGGUGACUACACCGAUUGUUGGCCAAGAGAUUGGAUACCGAAGGAUUGUCCCAAUGCCAGGAUUAUAGCUAUCAAUUACACCACUGACGUUCUAUGGUGUCCAACUUGGAUGAAAAAGAGGAAGAGAACAAAUUUGAUAGCGAGGAGUAAUGAAAUGAUCGAAGAAUUGAUUAAAAUAGGGGUAGGGAGGAAACCUAUAAUGUGGGUGGGUCAUUCUAAAGGGGGGCUUUAUAUAAAACAAAUGUUGAUCAACGCUUACGAAAAUAUGGAAAUGGGGGAAAUUGGGAAUAUUUUUAAACAAUCUAAAGGUAUUAUGUGGUAUAGUGUACCUCAUAAAGGGUCUAAAUUAGCCGAUUUGAAUUUACCUUUACUGAGGAGAAGCGUAGAACUACUAGAAAUACAAAAAAAUUGUAAUUUCAUAUUGAAUUUACACAAUAAAUUUUUGGAAAUUGUUAAAAAAGAAAAACCCACCAUGGAUAUUUUCAGUUUUAUAGAAACUUCUUUUACGUUUAUGUCGUUUAUAUAUUUAAAAAUUGUUCCCUACGAAUCAGCCGAUGCAAAAAUCGGAAUUAAAUGCGACGUUCCGCUAGAUCAUCGAGAAAUAUGCAAACCGGCCGGAAGAGAUUGUUUUUUAUACUUAGAAUUAAUAAAAUUAAUUAAAAAAUAUACCGAAAAUAAUACUAAUUAAAAUAAAAUUCAUUCAAUUAAAAUUAUAAAUAGAAAAUGUGAUAGUAUAUGUACAAAUUGCAGUAUUAAUUUAUAUAAUAAACAUUAGUAUUUAUUAUAUAACCCUGUAUAACGUUAUAUCAUUCAAUAAAAAUGAAAAGUUAAAAAAA